AUGGUCGCCCUACUGCGUGUCGCCGCCUGCGUCCUUCUCCUCCCCUUUGCGCUGUCAACGCCGACGCCGACCCCGGCCGAGUCGGAGUCCGACCUUGUCCUCACGCCCAGUGGGUACCAAAACCGCGCCAACGUGCACCAUGUCCCCUCUGGCGCGCACAUCAUGCAUGUCGCUGACAAAAUUCACGUGCUCCAUCCCAACGGCACCCUCUUCAAGGUCGUCACCCCCAAAAUCAAGGCGCCAACGCCCGUCGUGGCCCGCAGCGCCGCCUCUGCCGCCGCAACAAUGGCGAGUGGGUGGAUUACAUACGCGUCGUGGGUCAGCAGCGCACCCGACACACAGCCGAUUAAGAACUUUACCACAUCGUUCACCUCGCCACAAGAGCCCGCAUCGAACAUUGGUCAGACGUUGUUCCUCUUCAACGGGCUGUGUCCCGCGGACGGCACCUCCAUCAUCCAGCCUGUCCUCCAAUAUGGGUACAGCUCACGCGGGGGCGGGUCAUACUGGUCCUCGGGGGCGUGGUAUGCCUUCUCGAACACCGAGUUCUUUGCAUCGCCGCUUGAGCCGACGCCCGACAACUGGGCGCUCAACGCGACGAUCGGGCUGACCAACUUCACUGCCGGCACGGGGUAUACUUACGCAAUCAACAUGCAGGGCGCGCCCGGCGCGAAGCUCACGGUCACGAGCCCGCAGAACCUCGUCUGGGCCACCAUCGCGCUCGAGUCGUACGGCGUCACGAGCAUAAAGAACUACCCGGCUGGCUCGACCUCGUUUAACCAGGUGUCAUUACUGCUUAGCAAUGGCACCGUCCCCGCGCCGACACAGAGCUGGGCUGUAUUCAACAACAAUACGGACGGGAUCACGACGACGGUCGUCGCAAACAAGUUUAAUGGUGGCGUGGUUAAAAUAAAUUACUGA